AUCAAAAUGCCCAACAAGGGGUCCAUUUUUAUUUCUCCAUGAUCCCUUUUUUUAUGAAAAAUGAAGUCACCCAUUAUGCUUUAGCUUCAUAUAAAUCAGACCCUUAAUGCUAGAUAUUCACAAGUAUCAUGGAAAAUCGAAGGCGAAAAAACAGCUCGGGCGACAAGUUUUCAUUUCCAAUAAUCGCAGUCCGAGAUUCAGAUCCCGAUGAAUUUGAGUUUGGGUGUGUUACAAAACCAGGCUCUCCAAAUUCUGAUCGUUUGUUCUUCAAUGGCAAGCUUUUACCUCAUGUUUUUCCACUUAACCAUCCCGCAAAUAAUUUUUCCUAUUCGCGUUCGACGAGCAGAACGAGCAGCAUUAGCAGCAAGGAUUCUCUAAUGUCAUCGCGCAGUAAUAGCACGAAUAGCAGGAGCAGCAACUGCAGCAGUGCUAGAACAAGUACAAGUGAGACAUCUGAAAGGAAAAUCUUGAGUACUGGAGGAAAAUUUCCAGGAAAAAAACCUGCUUUAAAUCCACAAUACAAAUAUAGUUCUUCUCAAAGAUGGCAAUUUAUCGCGCCCGCACCUGCCUUCAUGCAUCAGGAUUCGAGAUCAAGAUCUAGAUCAGUAAAAGUUGAAUCCAAAUUGUUGAAAUCAAGGAAAAUGGAAAAGGAUACUACUGAUCAUGAAAAAUCAUGGAUUGGCAAGAAAGUUUUGAGAUCAUUUGUUUCAGCAUGUAAAAAGUGCCAUGCCAUAGAAACAUCAUAAACUAUCUUUAUUGUAUUGUUAUCAAUAUACAGUUGGCAUCUACAAUCAUUCGAUAUUCGAAGGAUUGCAAUCACGAUUUGAUGACAAUAACGACGAAAUAAAUGUGGAGUCGACUAUAAAGAUCAUUUUUUA